CAGUACUUUCCUUUAUUUUUUCUGUGGGGUUUUGGAUUUCAGGGGAGCAGGUUCGCAGCGAGUAGUUAACUCAACAAUAUGACUUUUGCUAGAAACUAAAACCAGCGUCCUCAUUUUGUUCUUUGCAUCAGAAUCAAAGGAAGCCCGAGUGCGAACCAGCAGAGGGUAUUAUCGUUUCUGCAGUGAUGUUCAACCCACACAUCCAUCAGCAGCAGCAACAACAACAGCUUCACCAACACCUGCGACAGCUGCAGCAACUUUUCCAGCAGCAGCCUCCACCCCCUCCUCCAGCGCAGCCGCCUCCCGCUCAUCAUGUCGGUCAUCACCACCAGACUCCUCGUGCCAUUCCCGUUCCUACUCAGGCGGCCCCUCCACCUAGGAUGGUCAACUUGUGCCAGACAACCCAAACAACCCUCAUUGCCCCUAAUCCAAUGUUGCAAAGUGCUAUCCUGAUGCAACAGAUGCAAGGUAACAUGCGGGGCUUUGGGAUGGGUGGGCAGCAGUUCCGGCAGUUCUUUACUGCAGGAGCCAGGUCAUCACUACUCGGGCCAGUUCCCAUGGGAAUGGCCAUUAAAUCCCCCAUCAUGGGUUUCCCAGCUGCACGAGCCUUCCACCCGCACUCUCGCUUCUUCAACGCCGGAACAGCUUCAUCCUCCUCCUCCAUCUCUGCAACAGAUGCAGCAGCUCGCCAGCCAGACAGGAAGAGGGAUAGUGAGCAGAUGGCUGCAGGAAGCCCUGACAACCAACCGGCUGCAGCUAACAGCACAGAUGAAAUGGCUGACGAGACUCAGACAGAUGGUGCUGUGGAAGAAGGAAAUAGCCAGAUCCCUGAGGAGCAACUUGAAGAACCUGUAACAAAGCGGCAGAAGACAGACAGGUCAGAGGAGCCUAAAGAGCAGACUGUGGUGGAGAGAACCGCUCAGUCAGAGAGCGCCAAUGCAGGGGACAUCCAGUCAGAAGGCGGCACCAGUCAAAAUGAUGAAGGACUCACUGGGCAGGCUGAUGAUCUGCCGAUGGAGGAGACCAAUGCUGAUGAUGCCUUCCAAGGAUUGUCAGCGCAGUCGCCCUCUGGUGGACUGGGUGAAGAUAAGGAGCAAAUCAACGUACCAGCAGAGGAGACGACACAGGACAAAGACACCUCAGUACCUUUUCCUGAGAACCAGGAUGAAGAAGAAGCAUCCGAGGGCUCCAACAAAUUCUACUGCUACCUCUGCAGCAUCACUUGCCACAACCAGCAAAACUUCAGGAGUCACAUGAACAGCAUUUCCCACCAGCAAAGGAUGAUGGAAAUCCAACACAUGAGCAAUGCCUGCUUGGUCACCCUGCUUCCACGUGUGCAAGAGUCUCUACAGGGUGCCAGCAAAGAUGGGGAGAAGAAAGCAGACUUAAAACAGUGGUGUGCUACAUGCCACACCCACUUUACCUGUAGCACCGUAGAUCAUCAGCGCUCCGAGGAACACAAGCUUGCUAGUAAAACCGACCUCUCCUUCUGCGCCGUCUGCCAGAAACGCUUCAAGACCUCCCUAAGCUUUUUGGAGCACCUUCACUCUCAGGAGCACAGGCAAAAGAUCCAGGAAAAAGGCUGUGAGACUUUGUCUAAGCUGACCAACAUAGGCACAGACGGCUUUUCAAUUGACCUGGAAGCACACCAAUUGCAAAAGAAUGAUGGAGAGCAAGAAACCACUAAGGAUGGCUGGUCCUCUGCAAAAGAGGUGACCCUAGAUGACCUGACCAGUGAACAGCAGUAUGACCCUGACAUCAUCUAUGGAUCCAGUUUCCUAGAUCCAGUGGCAGGUUUCAUCUGCAGGCUUUGCAACAAGUUUUACCUCUUUGAAUCAUCGGCCCUGCACAGCCACUGCAAGUCACUGCAGCACUUUGAAAACCUUAAGAGCUACAAAGUGAUGGUUGCUGAAAAGGAUGAAGCUGCUCAUCCCUCGAGGAAAUCCCCCCCAUCAGCAGACAGCCUCAGACACGAUUUAGAAAUUUCAGACUGUUCACAACAAAACGUGCUCUCGACUGACACAGGAGAAGCCAUUGACCUAAACUCUAAUUCGGCCACCAAACCGGAAGCACAGGAAGAAAACGAGCUAAUGGAGAAACAGGUAGAGGCCAGCUCUACCUCACAGGACCUCUCCAUCUCAGCCGCAAGCUCUGAAAACCUCACCCAGGAGCUCAGCUCUGACCAAGAGGAGAGAUGCAGCCCAUCCCAGGUGUCUGGGCCUGAGGAGAGUUCAGUUGAGAUCCCGGCUGUCAGCAGAGAGCAGGCGGGAUCAGAGCCCGCUGCGGUUGGUUUGUAUGCAGAGGAGGAGGAGGAACCUCCUGUUGGCCUUGGGAAAAAAAACUGUGGUGGAAAAGCAAAAAACACAGCGAAAAGACGGUCAGGAAGGGCAGCAAACAGACGCUGAGUCUGAAUUUGAUGUAGGAAAAAAAUUAUCUGAAUUUCCACGGCUAUGGGACUGUAGUCAGAAGCCUAUGUCUUCAAUUGGAAAGUGUAAGGAAGUCACACCAAACACAGGAAGACUGGUGACUGAGAGACUAGAACAGAACCUCUAAUACAGAUUUCCCUCCAGCUGGGAAAGUAACAGCUUCUAAAUGGAGGUUAGACCAUUUGAAUUUGGCUAUAAAAAAUUAAUUGAAAUGUAUUCAUAUGCCAUACUCUGUCACAAUUAGAUUACAAACAAUCCAAAAUGAGAUACAGGAAAUAUCUUAAUGGUAAUUAACCAUUGGAUAGAAAUAUAGUAUAUCCUAACAGUAUGUGGGCAUUCAGUAUGGUCACAUUACAUCAAGGUUUGUAUGUAGACUGAAGACUAAAACUGCAAUGUGUUCAAAACAGCUUUUAAAUUCUGCAAUAGAGAAAAGGAUUUGUCUUGCAGCUUGAACCUGGAUUGGCUGUUAUUUAGAAGUCAAAGUUUGACAUGCAUCAAUUGCAUUUACUACAUGCUGCAACAUUUAAACAAGAACUAGGUUGUUCAUAUUACAAAAGUAAUAAACGCCACCAAGGUCAGAUGUUGAGUUACCAUAACCACCUAGAUGAUGUCAAUAGAAGACGUCUGCCUGUUUUUGACUUUAAUUUUCCACCCUGCUGUCCUCAGGUCAGGAGACCGAUGAGUGUUUACUGUCACUCUGAUUGUCAAAACCAACACUGAAGGUGAAGUGAAAACCUUUUUCACCUGAAGUGUUUUUAGUAAACUGGAACCUAGAAUGUUAUCUGCAUAAACAAGUUGAAGAAGUGAUAGUUUUAAAAGUGUUAGUUGCACUUUGGAUCAAGAAGGAUGAAUCUGGUCCAUAAUUAAGCACAUUUGCGUUCCUUUUUUUUUUUUUUUUUUGGUAACAAAAAUUGGCACCAGUUGUAGCUUUUUAAAUAAAAGAUGUAGGAGUCGAGUAUGUUUGUUUAGCUCAGACAAACUGCAAACUAAAUUAUGUCUGAAUUUUGUUAUAUGGGCACCAGAAUCUAGAAGGUCCUGAAAAGAUAAACAGCAGCAGAUAAAACAUAUCAAUCUGAAUUUAUUAUCCAUAUGGAAUAAAAGUUUAGCAUUUUCCUGGCACCAAAGAAGGAUUUUUCUUUCUUUUUUUCAGAUCAUCAACAGGCUGGUCAUUCCUGGUGUGCCUAUAUAUAUUAAGGCACCUAAGGAUUUACAGAUCAAUAUAGUUUGCAGUGUAGUUAACUCAAGUUUUUCCCCUGGUUUAAUUUCCUUUACCUUCCAUAAGAAGUACAAAUCUGUUACUUUCAUGAAAGGUGUUUGUGUAACAAAAGGCUACAUUUGAACCACCUUUGCUAUUUUAAAGUAGCAGUUAAUAUAGUAUGGUGUACAAGUGUGUAACUGCAAAUGUUGGAAAGAGGAUAUUUCAAUUCCCUCUUAUAACUACUGUUCUUUUUCUGGCAACAUUUCAUCUUCCUUACUAGUUUAGGAUAUUUAAAACCACAAAAAAAUGGACAUGUGUAGCAGCUUUUGUAGUCAUGAGUGUGAUUGUCACAUGUUGGAUCCUGUAUUUCUGAAGGAAUAAGGAAGUGUGCUGAACUUUACUCCUAAAGCUUGUUUAACCCGAAUGGUUCAAGAAAAGAAAUGGUAGUUUUGAAUAAAGCUGUUUGUUUCCUAUUGUAUUUUUAUUCAGCUACUGAGAAAUUGAGAAACAACCAGGGGAUGUUUUUUUUUUUUGUUUUUUUUUUAACUGCUGGAAGUUUAUUGUAUUUUUGGAUGUUUCUUUUCCGUUUCAGAGUAAUCUUAAUUUAUAUUAAAAUGUCUCACAAAUCUCUCAA